AUGAGGAGGGCUAAUAUGGUUGUGCUCCUGGCAGUUGGCUUCCUCAUGAUCAUCCUGGCUUCCGAUGCUGUAGCCGCCAAUAAAAAUUGUACGUCUAAAAAGAUCCCGGCACGGGGUAAAGCAUGUGAUCCCAAAACUUGCCAGGAAGACGCUAAAAAGGAUUUCGACAACGAUGGAUUUCGAUGCCCACAUGCGGCUUGCACCGUGCAGGGCCGUUGUGUUGCUGGAAGUUGCCAGCGCAUCGUGUGCAAAUAG